CUAGAUCUUUGCCACUCUCAUCAUUUCCCCAGAUAGAUUUACCAUACUCAAAGCUCAUUUACCUGCAACAACUCCCUGGCGCAGUCAAUACCAUUGCCCACGCAACAUCACCUUUCAAAAUGGUUCAACAUCUCAAAUCCAGAGCUGCUACAAACGGCAGCAACUCUGUAUUCCCGCUCGAUGUCCCAGGUAUUGUAAGGGGCGUUAUCGGCGACAUCCGGGAGAUUGGCGACAAAGCUGUUCGGGCUUAUUCAGAAAAGUUUGACAAAUGGUCGCCGGCGUCUUUCAAGCUCUCCCAGUCAGACAUUGACUCCAUUGUUGCCAAGGUCCCUGCCCAAGUCAUAACCGACAUUAAGACGGUGCAGGACAAUGUCCGGACAUUUGCUCUAGCUCAACGAGCCUCUCUUAGAGAAUUCGAGCUCGAGAUUCGCCCAGGGGUUUUCCUUGGACAGAAGAAUAUUCCCAUUGAUCGAGUUGGAGCCUACAUCCCCGGAGGACGAUAUCCAUUGCUUGCGUCUGCGCAUAUGACAAUCCUCACGGCCAAGGCAGCCGGGGUCCCCAAAGUUAUCGCCUGCACGCCUCCGAUCAACGGGAAGAUACCUCCUUCGACCGUGGCAGCUGCAUACUAUGCAGGAGCUGACGAGAUUUGGAUCCUCGGCGGCGUCCAGGCCGUUGCGGCGAUGGCCAUUGGCACCGAAACCAUGGACAAGGUCGACUUCAUUGCAGGCCCAGGCAACCCUUUCGUGGCAGAAGCCAAACGGCAGCUCUUUGGGGAAAUUGGAAUCGACCUUCCCGCCGGACCAACCGAGAUCCUUAUUGUUGCCGACGACAAAGCGGAUCCGACAACCGUCGCGACGGACCUCCUAUCUCAAGCGGAACAUGGACCGGAUACUCCGGCAGUACUGAUCACCACUUCGAGCAGAGUAGCCAAAAAGUCCAUCGAGGAGGUUGAUCGCCUGCUGAAGAUUCUGCCGACAGCACCACUGGCCUCGAUCUCUUGGAAUACGUAUGGCGAAGUAAUUGUAGUCGAUUCUUUGGACGAGGCGUAUGCUUUGGCAGAUGAUUACGCAAGCGAGCACGUUCAAAUUCUUACCGAGAAACCCAGGGAGGCACUGGAGAAGAUGAGAAAUUACGGCGCUCUCUUCCUUGGGGCGAAGACUUGCGUUUCGUAUGGCGACAAGUGCAUCGGCACAAACCAUGUUUUACCAACGAAGAAAGCAGGCAGAUUUACCGGCGGGCUCUGGGUGGGAAAGUUCUUGAAGACUGUUACUUACCAGGAAGUUGUUUCUGAGUCGGAGAGCGGGGAGCUGGGUCGAUUGUGUGGUCGCGCUGCCCGCGCUGAGAACUUCGAGGGUCAUGCUCGCUCUGGGGACCUCCGAGCAAAGCAGUUUUUGGGUGACGAGUUUGAAUGGCUUAGCAAAUAGG